AUGCCUAACUCUAUACUUUCCGCACAAGGUGACCUGCCAUUUGGACCAUACGUUGGCCCAGCUAUCCUCUCUAGUCUCCUAAAACUGCCCAUCUGCCUUAAGGUUGGAGUAUCUUUUAUUUCACUUCAGAAGCAACAACAAAUUGCUUUACUGGCCGAGGCCACAGCCGAACUGAUCGCCUUUGUCACUGCUCCGACUUUGUUUACAGUGUCCUUGACUCCACCGGUCAAACUGCCUUGGCCAAUACCUUGGACUAGUCCGUCUGAUCCGGCCAUCAGGCUUCACUACACUAAUGAUAGCUAG